AUGUCUCAAACAUUUUUAUUGGAACCGGACAUUAUAGCGGCAACUGAAAAUAUUAUGCCCGAUUUGAACAAUGAUUUAAUACGUGCUAAGAAUUUUUUAAAACAACAAAGCGCAGCGACUGGUGACAGUUUAUAUGACCAUUUAGUCGAUUUGGUCCACAAAAUAUUGACUCACAAACCACCCGAUGUCGUUGAUAACUUCGAGCAAUUCUCAUGGGAAGUGAAACAAGAGAAGCUGAGACCUAAUUUCGAUCUGCUUAACGAUGUUUACUUAUCGCCACCGCAGCUUGAUGUUGCAAGGAAAAUGGAAGAAAUGUUUAAGUUGGUUGGUAGCAAGUCGCUGAACAUGCAGGACAUGGGCGAAGAAGAGCAGGAGUUGGAUCUCGAGGAAGAAUCAGUGAGGCCGAAGAUCGCGGAUUUCAUCGAUCAUAACUACUACUUUAGACAGGGUGGUUACGGUUUGCCGGACAGCGAAUGUUACGCCGUCUACAUAGCAUUGAACAUGCUGGCAAUCAAAGAGCCCGUUGCCACUGUCAGAUUUUUUGGUAAGAUUUUUGGCACCAAGGCAAAUUACUACGUUGCUGAGACUGAUCUCACCAUCGAGGAGCUGGACCGCAGAGUCCGGGAGUUUGACAUGAAAGACAUGCCUGGCGAGGGUGAGGGUCUGACCGAAGAACCUGUUCAAGAGAAUGAGGAGCAGAAGGAGAUGAUGGGAGAAGGCGAAGAGCUUGAAUUGAAAUCGAAGGAGCUAGUGCCACCGAAGCUGCCGCCCCUGCCAGUGUCCACUUGGCAGCCGGAACCACCAAUACCGGUUGAGAGACCCGGCCAAGGUGUCAAUAAGAAGGUGUACUGGGUGUGCAACUCGCUGGGCGAACCGUGGAUCUGCCUCCCGGACACCACGCCAGCCCAGAUCCGGGUGGCGAGGCUAAACGUGCGCGUUAUGACCGGAGACUUGGACGCCGAGAUACAAACGUUCCCGCCAUUCGAGGGCACCGAGCGUCAUUACUUGCGCGCCCAAAUCGCUCGCAUCGCCGCCGCUACUUCCGUCUCUCCGCAGGGCUUCUACACCUUCGGCUCGGGAGAAGAGGAAGAGGACCUGGAUAUGGAGGAAGCUGGAGAUAUGAACUACAACCAGAACCCGUUCUACACCGGGCACACCAUCAAAGACCUGGUGGACCCGUCGCUGGGCUACUGGGUGCACCACGGGCGCCACAUCCUGCAGCAGGGCAGGACCAUCUGGUGGAACUCGCGCGCAGAGUUGGAGGCGAGUAUCGUUUUGGAGGAGGGAGAGGAGGAAGAGGACGAGGCCCCUCCGAUGAUCGAGCCGGAGGUCGGACCCUCGCUGUUCAGCCCGCUCUCCGGGGACGCUCCUGUCUCUGGCGCCGCGCCGUGGAGCGCCAGGGUCAGCUCCACGCUCACCAGCUCCAGGGCGCUGGCGGUUUUACGCAGCAACCUGUGGCCCGGCGCGGUCGCCUACGCCACCGACGGCAAGAGGUCGGAGUGCAUGUACGUAGGCUGGGGCCAGAAGCACCAGCCGCCCAACUUCUCGCCCCUGCAGCUGCCUCGACCGCAGAACGAGUACCCCAUCGGCCCCGAGGUCAUGGAGAUGGCCGACCCGACCUUCGCCGAUGAGGAGGCCUAUCGCAUUGCCCACCUGCCUCCCGCCCCGGCGUUAGAGAUCCCCGGAGAGGGAGAGGCCUUCGGCGAGGAGGAAGAGGAGGAGGAAGAC